CUCUUUUCCAUAGCUAGUAGGGUUUCUUCUUCGUUCUUCUUUCUCUCGUGAAAAUUGUCGUGACAAUAGCUCAUUUAUAAUUCCAGGCCGAGAUCGUUGUUGCAUUCGAAAUUUCUCAUUUUGGGAACUGUUUACGAAGUUCCAUCAGAGAUGCAACGAGAUAUUAGGAAAUGGUUGAUGAAGGCCCAUGACAAAGGAAAUGGCAAUGCUGCCAAGCCUGCCCAACCUGCCCCAACAAAUACAGAGAAGAAACCUCCUCUGGCUGAGUCAAAGCCUGAGCCUAUGCAAGGAGACCAAGAAAAUUCAGGCAGAAGGAAAACUAGCAAGUACUUUGCGAAGGACAAACAAAAACCAAAAGAUGAGAAAGAAAUGGAGGAAGUUCCAACAAAGAGAAACACUCAAAAAGAUGCAUCAGUGAAACCACCACCUUCAAAGAAAAUUCACAAAGUUGAUGAUAGUGAAGAUGAUGAUGACUUUGUUUUGCUUCAUAAGAACAAAUCUGUAGAUAUCACUCCCAGCAAGAAACUGAAGACUGGUUCAGGUAGAGGAGUUUCCCAGCAACCUGUAGGCAAUGCUGCAAGUGAUGAAGAUGAUGUUAAGGAUGCUGAAUCUCCUCUCAAGCCAAGUGGAAGAGGCUGUGGUGGUAGGGGAGGAUCAUCAACAUCAGCUAGCAGAAGGGGUGGAUCAACAACACUGGCUGGUGGAAGGGGCAGAGGUAGUGGACGGGGUGGGUUUAUGAAUUUUGGUGAAAGGAAAGAUCCUCCACGCAAAGGAGAAAAGGAAGUUCCUGAAGGUGCUCCUGAUUGUUUAGCUGGUCUGACUUUUGUAAUUAGCGGAACGCUUGACAGUUUAGAAAGAGAAGAAGCUGAAGAUUUGAUUAAACGGCAUGGUGGUCGUGUUACUGGAUCUGUUAGCAAGAAAACUAAUUAUCUCUUAUGCGAUGAGGAUAUUGAGGGACGGAAAUCUAGCAAAGCAAAAGAGCUUGGUACUCCCUUCCUUACUGAGGAUGGAUUAUUUGAUAUGAUACGGUCAUCAAAUGCAAAGGCUCUUGCACGUGGUGAUUCUAUGGACCCUGUGAGGAAAGUUGCUUCAAUGCCAAAGAAAAGCCCUCACAAAGCAGAGGAUAAGCUUAUGAGCAACUCUUUAAAAACAAAUGUGAAUAAGAAAGGUUCAACUACUGGUGGGUCUCCUCUGAAGCAGAAAGAUCAAACCAUGAAACAUUCUUCUCUUCCAUGGGCAGAAAAAUAUAGGCCAAAAGCUCCAAAUGAUAUUAUUGGCAAUCAGUCAUUGGUUAACCAACUUCAUAGUUGGUUGAAAAAUUGGAAUGAACAGUUCCUUGAUACUGGAAAUAAGGGAAAGAGCAAGAAGCAAAAUGAUUCUAGUGCCAAGAAAGCUGUGCUAUUAAGUGGGACACCAGGUAUAGGGAAAACCACAUCAGCAAAGUUGGUCAGCCAAAUGCUUGGUUUCCAGGCAAUUGAGGUAAAUGCCAGUGACAAUCGGGGAAAAGCAGAUGCCAAGAUUAGUAAGGGAAUUGGUGGAAGUAAUGCAAAUUGUAUAAAGGAACUUGUCAGCAAUGAAGCUUUGGCUGUUAACAUGGAUAGGUCAAAGCAUCCAAAAACAGUUUUAAUCAUGGAUGAGGUGGACGGGAUGUCUGCAGGCGAUAGAGGUGGAGUUGCUGAUCUUAUUGCUAGCAUAAAGAUUUCCAGAAUUCCCAUUAUCUGUAUUUGUAACGAUCGUUAUAGUCAGAAGCUAAAAAGUCUAGUGAACUACUGCUUGCUUCUCAGUUUCCGGAAACCUACAAAACAACAGAUGGCAAAGAGGUUAAUGCAAGUUGCAAAUGCAGAAGGGCUUCAAGUUAAUGAGAUUGCUCUAGAGGAAAUUGCAGAACGGGUGAAUGGAGAUAUGCGCAUGGCAUUAAAUCAACUGCAAUAUAUGAGUCUCUCCAUGUCAGUCAUUAAGUAUGAUGAUGUUAGACAGCGACUUCUUAGCAGUGCAAAGGACGAAGAUAUUUCUCCAUUCACAGCUGUUGAUAAGCUUUUUGGCUUUAAUGGAGGUAAGCUAAGAAUGGAUGAGCGUAUUGACCUUAGCAUGAGUGAUCCUGAUUUGGUUCCUCUGAUAACUCAGGAAAAUUAUAUUAAUUAUCGGCCAAGUUCAAUUGGUAAGGAUGAAAGUGGGAUGAAAAGGAUGAGCAUGCUUGCCCGUGCUGCCGAGUCUAUUGCCAAUGGUGAUAUAGUAAAUGUGCAGAUUCGAAGAUAUCGACAGUGGCAGCUUUCUCAAACUGGUUCUCUUGCUUCCUGCAUUAUUCCUGCUGCACUGUUGCAUGGACAAAGGGAGACACUUGAACCGGGAGAAAGGAACUUUAACAGGUUUGGUGGGUGGCUGGGAAAGAAUUCAACGAUGGGCAAAAAUUUGAGGCUUUUGGAGGAUUUGCAUGUUCAUCUUCUUGCUUCUCGUGAGUUCAGUUCGAGGAGGGAGACUCUUCGACUUGAAUAUCUUACUGUUCUUUUAAAACAAUUGACUGAUCCUCUUCGGCUGCUGCCUAAGGAUGAAGCUGUUGAGAAAGUUGUGGAGUUCAUGAAUGUUUACUCAAUAAGUCAGGAAGACACUGACACUAUUGUGGAGUUGUCAAAAUUUCAGGGGCGCAAGAACCCAAUGGAUGGCAUCCCAUCUGCUGUCAAAGCAUCCCUGACAAGAGCAUAUAAAGAGGGAAACAAAUCAAGGAUGGUACGAGCUGCAGACUUGGUCUCACUUCCUGGCAUGAAAAAGGCCCCUAAGAAGCGUAUUGCAGCAAUCCUAGAACCAACUGAGGAUGGUUUAGCAGAGAAAAAUGGUGACGCAGUAGUAGAAAGUGAAGGAGAAAACUCUUCUGACACUGAUGACUUAGAAGCAACUGCUGAUGGCAAGAACCUCCAGUCAGAACUUAAUAGUUUGAAUUCGAAAGCAAUCCAAGUAGAGAUGGAACUAAAAGGCACAGAAGAUUCAAAUACUAAGAGGACAGCAAGAGGCAGAGGCAGGGGAAAAGCUGGGAGCUCAACUGUGGAAAAAAAGACAGCAGCGAAAGGAAAAGGGGAGAAAGCUGUGUCUGGAUCAAAGAGAAAGAGAUGAGAAUGGAUGAACUACUUACUACUUAGCAAUGCUUAAUAUGACAGGUUGUACAUAAGAUUGCCUUGUGAUUUUGUAGGUUAGUUGGAGAAUGGUGAUAAAUUUUGUAAAUGGGUUUCCCUUAGACUAUUAAGUGGAUUAUGUGCAUUCAGGUUUUAAAC